AAUAGCGAUACGUACAUGAUACAUCAAGCGAAACUUCACUUUUAGCACUAGCAGAAGCAAAGAAAUAGAAGACGAAUGGAGUUGUGCUAGCAAGAUUUGUGAGAUAGGGCUUGCCAGCUGUCAAAAUAUUUCUAUUGUGACUUGUUUUCCUGUUUAUAUACGUAUUAUUUUUACACUCAAUUUUUUAAAAGUUUUGUGACAAUGAGAAAUUUGGGUUUAACCGUGUUUAGCUUAGCACUGACAGCUUCUGUAAUUGGUAAUGCAUAUUACCAAAAGAAACAGUUUUAUCCUUCUGUGGUGUAUAUUACGAAGUCAAAUCCCAGUAUGGCGGUAAUAUACAUCCAGUCGUUUAUACUUGUAAUUCUCACUGGAAAACUGAUGAAAAAGGUGUUUUUCGGAGAGCUGAGGGCUGCAGAGUUUGAGCACCUGAUGGAGCGAUCAUGGUACGCAAUGACUGAGACUUGUCUGGCUUUCACAGUCUUCAGGGACGACUUCAGUCCCAAGUUUGUCGCCCUGUUUACUGUACUUCUGUUCCUCAAGUCUUUCCACUGGUUGGCAGAAGAUAGAGUGGAUUUUAUGGAACGAAGCCCAGUUAUAUCAUGGCUGUUUCAUGUACGAGUUUUAUCACUGCUGAUUCUGCUAGCAGCUCUCGACCUGGACCUGUUGGCUCACGCAUACCAGUCGACUAUUUCCAAGGGGGCAUCUGUUCAACUGGUGUUUGGAUUUGAGUAUGCUAUCCUGCUCACCAUUAUCGCCAACAUCGCCAUCAAGUACACCCUCCACACCAUUGCUCUGCACAGUGACAAUCCGUGGGAGAACAAGGCUGUGUUUCUGCUCUACACUGAACUCAUCAUGGGUUUCUUCAAAGUGGUGUUGUACAUUUUAUUCAUGGCCAUCAUGAUUCGAAUAUCCAUGUUGCCGUUAUUUGCCUUCCGUCCAAUGUAUUACACCAUGAGAGCAUUCAAGAAGGCAUUCAACGAUGUGAUAUUGUCUCGGCGAGCCAUCCGUAAUAUGAACACUCUGUAUCCUGAUGCCACACCUGAGGAGCUUGCAGCUGCAGACAACGUCUGUAUCAUCUGUCGAGAGGAAAUGGUUACAGCAUCCAAAAAGCUGCCAUGUAACCACAUCUUCCACACAGCCUGUCUCCGCUCCUGGUUCCAGCGUCAGCAGACUUGCCCGACUUGUCGACUCAACAUCCUGCGUACCUCAGGAUCUCCCCAGCCCCCACGGGGCCCCCCUGCGCGGCCUCAGGACCCUCCACGCCCCCCUGCACAGUUCCCGUUCACAUGGCCCACUCAACCCCCACCACCAGCACAACAAGGAGGAGAGGCUGGUCCGACAGCAGGCACCAGUGCAGGGGAAUCGUCAGCACCCCCUCCUCCCCCCACCAACAUGCCAUUCUUCUGUCCGCCCUUCCCCUUCAUGCCAUUCAAUGUCCCACCACCCAUGCCACCAGCAGACCUGGCCGGUCUCUCCCCAGAACAGCUGCGGCAGAUGGAGGAGGCCAAUCGUGAAGGGGUGGAGGCGAGACUGCGCUGUUUACACAACAUCCAGCUUCUGCUUGACACUUCUGUUCUCAUGAUGCAGCAGUACACAGCUGCUGCUGCAGCCGCCGCCGCUGCUGCUAGUCAGGUGAGCAGCAAUGCCAGUGCCAGUGCAAGUACCAGUGCUAGUGCCAGUGCAAACAGUGGUGCCGCAGCAGCCAGUUCAUCAACAGUCCCUGACGAGAGCUCCCCAGCUGUCAACACAACACCAGCUGCCCCUAGUGAGCCUACUCCAGCAACAGGAUCUGAUCCUGGUUCUAGCUCUCAGUGAGUUCUGCUCAUACAAUAGCAUGGUGGUCUUAUACAACUGAAGGAUGAAGCUUCAGGAUCCAGUAGCUCAGAGAGUCCUAGGGCCCCAGUAGCUCCAGAACUGGAGGAAGCUCGGCGGCGCAGACUGGCCAAGUUCGGCCAAACAAUCACUGAAUGAACGCCAUUCCAUCGACUGAAUAACCACUUAUGUUGUUUAUAAUUGUAAAUUUAAUUUUUUGUUUUUAUUUAUAGUAGAUUUUUACACCAUGAAGUGAAAAUUGUACAUCUGCACUUUCAUCCUAUUGUAAAUAAAGUGUGUUUAUUUCUGUA